CAAGAACUACGCUUCUUCAUGCUGGUGUUUAAAGGAACGGUCACAGGUUGCUGGGCGCAUCAUUAGUUAUCACAUUGUACCUCAGUGUGAGGUCUUAUCAUCACCGGUUUUUUACAGUGCGCAUCCAUUGUACGCUGUCGAUGCUGAACGACAAGAAAUGUGCAAAGCAAACAUAUACAAGGUGAACAGAUGGAGGGAAGCUCUGAAACAAGGGUGCCGUGUCUCUGGCCGCCGGAGUAACUCAGAUAGGUUUAUAGCAGUUUAUUACGAUGUGGAUCCAAAAUCCUUUGCUCAACAUAUUCAACAAGCAUGCACACAAGAUUCAUUUGAGAUAACCCAAUGGGAGAGGAAGGUUAUCGAACUAGUGGCCCCUGUCUGGCAAGUGCGGAAUGACUCAGGGUUACAGGUUAUUCCAAAAAUUGUUAAAGAAGUCAAGUCUAAAAUAGAUAAACUAUUUUAUGACUUCUUCGGAUUUGUUGGGAUGCAAUCUCAAGUGGAAGAAGUGGAAAAGCUUUUGGAUUUGAAUGCAGAUGAUGAAGUUCGAGUUGUUGGCAUUUGUGGUAUGAGCGGAUUGGGGAAAUCUUCUAUUGCUACUGUUUUAUAUCUUAAGAUCUUUCACUUUUUUGAUGCCUUUUGUUUCCUUCCCAAUCUAAGUGGACGUUUAAAGCACGGUGACAUAACUCUACAAGAACUUCUGCAUAGACAUUUGAUGACAGAGAAUUCAGAGAUGAAGGAUUUUCUAGACAAAGAGUUCUUACGAUGCAAAAGGUUAAGAAAGCACAAGUUUCUUAUAGUUCUUGAUGGUGUCGAUGUUGUACAACAUCUACAAGAGUUGAACUUAGUUCAAAAAUCCAAUUGUUUUGGCGGGGGGAGUAGAAUCAUUAUAACAACUAGAGACGAACAAGUCCUUCAAAAAUAUGAGGUUAAAACCAUUUAUAGACCUAAACUUUUGUCCAAGGAGGAAGGUUUCGAACUACUUUGCUCUCAAGCUUUUCAAGGGGGAUAUCCUAUUGGUGAAUUCAGAGAGAUGAUAGAUAGGGUGUUGGAAUAUGCUAAUGGCCUUCCAUUAGCAAUUGAAAUAUUGGGUUCAUCCUUUUUUGGAAAAGGCAUUGCAGAAUGGAGAAGUUUGCUGGAUAGGGAAGAAAUUAUUCCUCCCUAUGAGAUCAUAAGGGUGCUUAGAAAAAGUUUUGACGAACUUGAUCACAUGAGUAAGGAAAUGUUUUUGGACAUAGCAUGUUUCUUUGUCGGGAAGGACAUUAACUGUGUGAAGGAAAUUUUACAUGAUUGCAUCGAUUGCUCUGUUGAUAUAGAAAUUCUUAUUCAGAAAUCAGUCAUCACAAUUGCAAAUGAGAGGAUACAAAUGCAUAGUAUGUUGCAAGCAAUGGGGCGAGAUAUUAUUCGACGACAAUAUCCGUAUCAACAAAGCCGAUUAUACCUUUAUGGUGACAUUAAAUCUGUUAUGGAGAAGAAAAGAAACACGGUAAGUUUUGACACCACUUUUUAG